AUGAUAGAGAUGUUCAUCUUCUGCUCCUAAAUUGUAGAAGCACAUCAUUUUAAGUUUGUUAAGUUCUUAUAAUUUAUCUUCUAUUUCCUUUUCAGAUAAUUGGAUGUUAGAAGGAUUUUUAGCUUUUCCAGUAACUUCUUCUUCUUAUUCUUUUUCGUUUUCUUACUGUUUAGAUAUUUCUUAUUAAUCCUAUUAAUUACCUUGCUAUAGUUCUUUUUAUAGUCUUUCAAUAUAGUGAAGGGCUUUAUUUAAACUAUCUUGAGCUUUAUUAUGCUUGUUUAAAUUGCUUUAAAUGGCAGCUUUAUUAAACAAAGUAGAAAUAAUACUGUUUUUAGCAUUAAAGUCGUUAUCUUAAACUAAUCUUUCUUCUAAUUCAAGAGCAAAGUGAACAGCUUUCAAAGCCAAAACGUAUUGCUUGCGCUUUUAGUAAAUGCAUGCUAAAUUGUUAAAUGUUAAAACUUUCAUUUCUCCAUAUUUUAUAACAGGCUUAACAAAUUUGUGAAUUGA